AUGGCUCCAAAAUCAAGUCCAGCUCCGAAAAAACGUCAGACGUGGCGCAAGGAAAACAUGAUGGAAGCAAUUUCCGCUGUAAAGACUAAACAAAUGGGAUUUUUGAAGGCAUCUAAGGAGUACAACGUACCUAAAACCACGCUGCGGCGUUUAGUGGCAGAUGAGGGAAGACCUGUAGAGGAAGUAGUGGCAGCUAAACUUGGGAGAAAACCCAUUUUCCCACCUGAACUCGAAGAUUCUCUUGCCGAGUAUAUACUGCUUAUGGAAGCGAAACUGUUUGGAUUAACACAGAAUGAUAUACGAUCCUUGGCAUUUCAAUUGGCUGUAAAAAAUAGUUUACCAAACUCGUUUUCAGUGAUAAAAGAAACAGCAGGAAGAGACUGGUUACGUUUAUUUCUUCGGCGCCACCCAUCUCUGUCGUUCCGUCAACCAACCAGCACAUCUGUAGCCCGAGCAAGAGGGUUUUCGAAGGAAAACGAGGCAGUUUUCUUUGAUAUGCUUGAAAAGGAAAUGACAACAUACAAUUUUUCCCCUAAUAACAUCUACAAUGUAGACGAAACUGGAAUAUCCGUUGUGCCAGCCAAAAUGCCGAAGGUUUUGGCUCUGAAAGGCCGCAAACAGAUACGUGCUCUUGCUUCAGCUGAAAGGGGAUCCUUAAUUACUGCCAUUUUGUGUAUGAGUGCAGCUGGAUCGUUCGUGCCACCAAUGUUUAUUUUCCCCAGAAAGAGGGACAAUCCUCUUCUUAUGAAAGGAGCACCUCCGGGAUCGAUACAUGCUAAUCAUCCCUCUGGAUGGGUUCAAACCAAUUUGUUUAGUAAAUGGUUCAAGCACUUCCUUGCUACCGUUAAACCUUCUGAAUCAUCUCCUGUGUUGCUCAUUUUAGACGGGCAUACAAGUCACACAAGAAACAUUGAAAUCAUUGAGCUAGCUAGAAAUAACCACAUUCACAUUCUUUCGAUUCCUCCACAUUCAAGCCAUAAAAUUCAACCUCUUGACAAAACUUUUAUGGGGCCGUUAAAAAAAUAUUUGACCGAGGAAAUAAGGUGCUGGGCCAUAAAUAAUGCAAAAGCAUUAACACAUUUUGACAUUAUUGAAUUAUUUGGUCGAUCUUACAUGAAAACGCAAACUGGAGAAAUUGCUGUGAAAGGUUUUUCUUCAACCGGAAUAUGCCCCUUUAAUAGAAAUAUUUUUAACGACCACGACUUUUUGGCGGCAGAGGAAGUUGAAGCACCGAUAGAUUGCAUGGAGGGUACAGUUACGUCUUCAUUACCAACCGUACAAACCUCUGAAUUGUCGCAAUCAGAACACAAUUCCGAUGUAGUAGAACCCAUUUCUUUCGAACCGUCUACGUCCUCUGGUAUAAGAUCAAGCUCUUAUAUAAUGCCUCAAGAGAUUUCCCCGAUUCCGGUACGUAUCAAGAAAACUUCAAACCGCGGACGAAAAACAGGAAAAGCAGAACUAAUUUCAUCAUCAUCAUACAAGCAGGCUUUAGAAGAAUCUCUGAAGAAAACAAAGGGUGAGAGACAUGUCAAGAAAAGAAAGCCAAAACUUGAAAAAGGCACAAGAAAAGAAAACGUUUUAAAAACGAAGAAGAAAAGUCAACGUGUAGAAGAAAAUACUUCAUCAGAAAGUGACGACAACAUCGUCUUAAAUGACUCGCCAGAUCUUAGUCCAGACAGAUCUAAUCAGGAAGAUGCCAAAUUUAUGCUGAGUCCAACAAGUGUUCACGUGUUGAUUUUCUCCUCCAUCGAUGGCAUCGAUGCAUCGACUAUUGUCGAGUGGACAAUUUUCGAUACAUCGAAUCAAAAUAUCGAUAUUUUCGAUGCAUCGAUGUUUUGA